AUGAUCAAUGUGCCGAGCGGCCCCUUUGUCUCUCGCGCCGAGGACGCGCGGGCGCGCGCCUGGCUUCGACCGUACGAGCACACAGAGAAACGGAAGGGGAAAAAAAGAGAUCGGAGAAGCCCACGCUCCGAAGGACCGCCAAGAGGCGGGGGAGCCCGCGCCCCCGACCGCCUCCCCCCGCGAGGGGAGACGCCGACCUCACAUGCCGUCCUUCGGAGGCGGCCCAGGCGCCCGGGCUCGGCCCGGCCUCCGCGCGGAGGGCCACGCGGCGCGCGCCGGGCACGCGGGGGGCACGGCGGCCCGCCCGCUCUCGCUUUCACGGGACGACGCGCACACACACACACACGGCUCGGGCCACACGCGGCCGGGGGCGCGGCCGUCGGCCCCCGCACACGCCGGCUCCCCUUCGGCCCCCUUCACCGCGGGGCUCGCGGCGCGCCGCCGCGCCGCCGCGCGGCCGGCUCUCUCUCUUCCACGGCGGCCUCACCCCGCUCGAGACGGCACGCGACGACGGCCGUGCCGCCGGCGCGCCUUCCCGCCCGGCGGGACCGCUCCCGCCGGGCGGGCCAGCGUCCGGGCGGACGCGCUCCGCCGCCGGCCCCGGAGGCGGACGCCACCGAGACCCGAGCCGGCGUCGCCAGCGCCCGAGGCCUGCCGGACGGCAGGCCCCGCCGUCGCCGGGGCCGCACUCCCGGGGCCCCCGCCGCCGCGUCGCACCGCCGGGGCCCCUUGCCUCGGCACGCGCCCGGCGGAAGGCGUACGGCGCUGAGCCGGGGGGCAACGCCCGCUCUCCUCGUUUUCACGCGGAGACCGGGCGGGGGAAGCGCCCCCGCGGCCGCCCGCACGCCUUCCUACGGCCCACACGCGGCCGGGAAGGGCGACGGAGGACGCGACGUGCAGGGCCCGGGACGGGACCGCCGCCGGCGACGGCGGGCGCCCUCCGGCCGACCGUCCCCGCUGGGGGGGACACCCGUCGAGCGGCGCCGCCGCCGCUCGGCACGGGGUCGCCCACGCUCGCGGGCCUCCGCCGACGGAGGGCCCGCCGGACGCUCGCCCCCCGGGCGGGCGGGCGAUCGAGCCGGGCGGGGGACGGCCGGCGGACGGCGCCGCCGGUGCGUUCGAGGAGGAAAGGCCGCCGAGGGGAGAGGGGCCGGACGCGCGGGACGCGGCGCCGCGCGCGCGAGACACCGCGGCAAGCGGGCCGAGGAGAGAGCGCGGCGGGCCCCGGCGGCCGCAACCCCGCGGCCGAGGAAAGGCAGAGAGCGGGCGCUCUCUGCCGGCGUCGCCCGUUACGACGAGGCGAGCGGGUCGGCCCCCGCGGCCGACCGCGCGCCGCGGCCUCUCCGCCGAGGCCGGGCCGCGGAGAGGGGGGGGCAGGGCGCCCCUCCCCGGCGCGGCGCGGUUACCCCCGCGCGCGCGUGCGGCAGGGACGACGACGACGACGACCACGACGGAGGGAGCGCGGCCGGCGGCCGCGGACACCACCGCAGGGGCUCGGCGGGAGUAGCUGCUCCCCACCCCUCAGUGGCGCCGCACCGCCGCCCGGCGACAACCGCCGCCGCCGCCGCCGCCGCCGCCGGCACCGCCGCCGCCACGGCGGGCCGCGCCGAGCCGCCCGAGUCUUUAAACCGCCGCCCGGCUCGCCGGCCCCCUUUCGGCACCCCCGCAGCGGCGUUUGGCGACGCCGAGGGGGAAACCUGGGGGGGAACCGCCGAGGCGCGGAGCGCUAGCGUCCACCGGCGGGGGCGCGCCCGCCGUCUGCCGCCACCACCGCCGCGUCCUUCUCGGGGCCCGGGGUUUCCCUCAGUAGCCCGGCGCUGCGCCCGAGAGGACCGCCGCGGCUCGGGCCGCCCCGCCGGCGCGGGGACGCGGCCCGACCGCCGAGCGCGCCGCGCCCGCGCUGCGCGCGCGCGCCCCGAAGCGCGGCCCGGAACGCCCGGAGGGCUCGGCCCUCGGCCGCGCGAGGGGCACCGCUCGGCCCGAGAGCGGGAGCUCCGCCGGCGCGGCAAAGCCCCGCUCCCCGGUGCGGGAAGGGCCGGAGGAGCCGCCUCCUCCGAGCCCCGAAGGCGCCCCCGCCACCCGCUCCCUCGCCAUUUCCACAUCGGCCGCCGACGGGUGCCACGGCCGGACGGCCGGCCGUCGCUCGACGGGCGAAGCAGCGAGGGGAGGGACGGGCGCGCCUCCGGGAGGGGCCGUGCCGAGCACCCCUCCCUCCCGGCACCCGGGCGGCUUUCUCGCGCGCUCCGAGGAGAGCCGGCCUCGGGAGAACUCGGGCCGCCGCCAGCGGGGCGCCCGCACGCGACACCCGGCGACCGGCGUUCGGCGGCGCCGGCCGCCGUGGGCGGGAGGCUCGGGGCCGGCCGCGGCCCCGCUCCCCGGCGGGGACGGACCGGCGGCAGACCGGCGCGAGGCGGGGGGGAGGAGGAGGAGGAGGAGGAGGAGGAGGAGGAAAGCCGCCGCGACGGCGGCCCGGCGCGCCGCGCUUCGAGGCCCGGCCGCGACGCGCGGUGUAGCGCGGGGUCAGCCCCGCCCGCGCGCACGGUGACGGGCGCGCGCGGCGCGCCUGGCCGCGCCGAGCGGCCCCCCCCCCCCUCGGCUCGCUCUUCUCUCUCCCCCGAAAUCCCCCCCCGCCCGGAGGGUUCCGCGCGCCUCCGUCACUCUCUCUCUGGGGCUGCGGCGCGCGGCCUCGACGGGAAGGGCGUGUGGCCUCCCCGGUGCCGACCGAGGCCGGCGGGCCGGGGGGGCCGAGCGUUCGAACGGAGCGGGCGUGCGAGCGACGCCGCGCGCGCGGCCGGCCGGACGGCCCGGCAACGCGGCAGGCGCCGAGCCCCACCGAAGUUGGACGCCGACCGCUCGGGGGUCGCGUAA